AUGGGGCAUCAUCAAGUCUACUACUACACUUCCAUCUUCAACUUCAAUACCACCAAACUCUUCAUACAUCUUGGCUUUCAUCAAACCGAACGACCGGCCACCAAAAUGAACAACUUCGACUGCCACCCGCGCGUUCUCUCGCUCUCCUCCGCCUCAACCCCAUCAUCUUCCAUCCCCACAACUCCCUUCUCACAGUCUCGCCGCCAAUCCCACGAGUCAGCACACGACGCGCACCACUUCGUCAACCAAGAAGAGAAGACUCAGCACAAGCUCAACCUCAGCAUCAAGAAGAUGUGGGAAGGCGUCAAGAGACACGCUGUUGAGCACCACAAGAGCGUCAACGCUGCCUACAUGGCUAGCUAUGGAUGCGGUACUGCGACUGCAGUGAACACUACUGGCGGAAAGGCUUUGUAG